AUGCCAUUCAUAGCGUUCGGGACAGGGUCGAAGUGGAAGGGACAGGACGUCACGGACUACGUGAUACAGGCCAUUGAGACCGGGUUCUCGCACCUCGAUACCGCCCAAUGGUACGGAACGGAGGACAGUGUCGGGCGAGCAAUCCACGAUAGUGCCCUCGACCGUUCGGAGCUUUACAUCACGACCAAAUGGUCUGGCCUCAGUACAAUCCCCGAGGCCAUUGACAACAGCCUCAGCAAGCUGGGGCUGAAGCAAGUUGACCUCUACCUGAUUCACAACCCAGCGAUGAUCAACGACCUGGAAGAAGACUGGCGUUCGUUUGAGAAGAUCAAGGAAGCGGGAUUAUCCAAGAGCAUUGGCGUUAGCAACUUCGGCCUCCCGCUGCUGGAGAAGCUGAUCAAGAUUGCGAAGGUCAAACCCGCUGUCAACCAGAUUCUCUUCCACCCGUACAACUACGCAGAGAACAAGGCCCUGCUGGAAUUCAGUGCGAAGCACGGGAUCAUCACCGAAGCAUACAGCAGCCUUCAGCCAAUCACGAAGUAUCCAGGAGGGCCUGUCGAUAAGCCCGUCGCGGCGGCAGCCAAACGCUUGAACGCCAGUGAUGUCCAAGUUCUCCUGGCAUGGGUUAAGAGCAAGGGCGUGGCUAUCGUAACAACAAGCUCUACCAAGGAACACUUGGAGGAGUACCUGGCUGUGGCUGAUCUACCAGAAUUGACCGACGAGGAAAUUGCCGCCAUAGACGAGGCUGGGGCCAAGGGGCCUCCGAGCACCAUUUCAAUCACUUUCUCGAGAAUGAAGAAGAACUGGUACCGCAACAGGUACAUUCUUGGGCCGGGGCUCCUGUUCCAGUUCUGUGCUUUCUUGUUCGUUAUGGCGAGGUCGUGA